AUGGACUUCCAAAUGUUUCCCCUGGUGAUGUUGUUCCUGGCCUGUGUGGAGCACAGCCUGGCCUCCUGCGUGGUGGACAGCUUCACAGUCAAAGACGACUUUGACCCCCAAAGGUAUGCAGGAAAGUGGUACGCUCUGCAGAAGAAGGAUCCUGAGGGUUUGUUCCUGCAGGACAACAUCUCUGCUGAAUAUACCGUUGGAGAUGAUGGGGCCAUGGUUGCCUCCUCCAGGGGCAGAGUCACUCUCUUUGGGUUCUGGGUUGUGUGCGCUGACAUGGCUGCUCAAUACUCCGUGCCCGACCCCGGCACCCCCGGCAAGAUGUUCAUGAACUACCAGGGACUGGCCAGCUACCUGUCCAGCGGCGGUGACAACUACUGGAUCAUUGACACAGACUAUGACAACUACGCCGUCACCUAUGCCUGCCGCAGUCAGAAGGACGAUGGAAGCUGCGAGGAUGGAUACUCCCUGGUUUUCUCACGCAACCCCCGCGGCCUCCCCCCUGCCAUCCAGAGAAUCGUCCGCCAAAAACAGGAGGAAAUCUGCAUGGCCGGAGACUUCCAGCCUGUGCUGCAGUCUGGAGCCUGCUAA